ACACAUGGGUUUGAUUUCAAUCUAUAAUAUUUGACUAUCAGUUGAUGGGUGUGGGUGUGGUUAUGGCUGUGGAUGGAGAAAAGGUUCCUGGAUUCAGACAGAUGUUGAAUAAUCUCAUUAAUAAAUGAAACAAUGAUGGACAUCUUCUAAUGUUUUGUUGUUCAUACAUCAAUCUUGUUUCUUUUGUCUGAAACAAUGAAUGUCUUAUCAUCUAGUCAAUUCUCUUUUCCUUUCGGCCCAAAAGCCCAGGCCCAUCGAAAAGAGUAGCGACUUCAUUUAUGGGUGGGUCAAUAAGUGAACAAUCAUGGUCCAUGUUGUCAAUACUUUUAAUUUCUUUACACAAAUACCCUCAUAUUCUCUGGUAAAUAUUUGAUUAAACCCCAAAACAAAUAUCUACGUCUCAAUUUUCGAACACACCGACCGUGUAAAAGAAAUGUCUGGUCGGAGACCGUUGCCUUCUGGACGUAUCAGUGUUCCACACGCUGUUGCUUGGGCCGUGAUUGCUGGUGCUUCUGGUGCUUGUUUGUUGGCUACCAAGACUAAUAUGAUGGCUGCUGGAGUUGGGGCUGCUAAUCUUGUUCUUUACGCGUUUGUUUACACUCCGUUGAAGCAGCUUCACCCUGUCAACACUUGGGUUGGGGCUGUUGUUGGUGCCAUCCCACCUUUGCUUGGGUGGGCUGCAGCUUCUGGUCAGAUCACUUUAAAUUCGAUGAUUCUUCCAGCUGCUCUUUAUUUUUGGCAGAUCCCUCAUUUUAUGGCUCUUGCACACCUCUGCCGCAGUGAUUAUGCAGCUGGAGGUUACAAGAUGCUGUCGCUAUUUGAUCCAACAGGGAAGAGAAUAGCAGCAGUGGUGGCUCUUAGGAACUGCUUUUACAUGGUCCCUCUCGGUUUCAUUGCCUAUGACUGGGGCUUGACAUCGAGCUGGUUCUGCAUAGAAUCAACACUUCUCACAAUGGCAAUUGCUGCUACGGCGUUUUCAUUUUACCGACACAGGACCAUGGAAAAAGCGAGGAAGAUGUUCCACGCCAGUCUUCUCUUCCUUCCUGUGUUCAUGUCUGGUCUGCUUAUACGUGUCUAUGAUGAUAACCAGCAACCAGUCCUAGAAGUAUCCGGUUUAUCAAAUCCUGCAUCAAGUGAAGUAAAAACGCACAGAAGAAAGAAACGUGCUGCCCAACCUCCAGUGGCUUAUGCUUCUGCUGCACCGUUUCCUUUCCUCCCAGCCCCUUCCUUCUAUUCUCCAUAAAAAAGAAAGCAAAAGCUCUUGCAGAGUAAUAGAAUUAUUCUGAAAUUGUUUUUGAGUUUAAAAUUUGGUAAUAAGGAAUCGGAGAACUUCAUAGUGCAGACUACAAGUUUUAUGUAUUUUUGGCUCCACAAUAUAUAUUUAAUAUUAUUUAAAUUUUAUC